GUUUAGAAGUGCGUACGCGUCCUUGGGCGUGCGGUGUGACGAUGUAUCGUAAAAUAUUAGAUAUAGCUCAUGCGCCGUAUGUUACGUGAAGUACCCAAUUACGAGUUGACCCACGCGGAACACGGGUGUGACGAUCAUUCCCGUGGAUGGCGCACCUACGUCGCGGUAAUUUGUGAUUACAUUAUGCGUAACGUGCAAUGAGUGAUAAACAGGGUGCACCUAUUUUACCACCCCUUAGUCGGGGUGUGGCUAAUAAUGGCGGAAAUAAUGGAAGUUCAACUCAACAGACUGUCAGUCUGCAGCAAGUUCUCGCUACCGCUCAAGGCCUCAAUGUGCUCGCUACUACCAGUGGGCAACAGUUUGUUAUUACGACUCAGGUUCCUGGUCUCACACAGGUCAUACCGAAUAAUGCCACAACUAACGCAAGCGGAACACAACAAGUUACAAGGAUCGUUAACAUCGCGGGUACGCCACCGCGCAACGCUGUCGGAAUUGUCGGCACGUCGCCUCCGACAGUGUCACGGCCACAGAACUCUACUAAGCUUAUGCUGACAACGUCGCCGAAACUUGUACGCACUUCCUUAAGCAAUGUGUUUGUGGCACCGACGUCAUCGCAGGCAUCAUCGCCGCAGGUACAGGUGCAAUCGCCUUCACCAGCGAGGAAACGGCUGAAAUUGUCGGAAACGACGGAGAAACCGAUUCCAUUUGACGUCAGCGACUGUCGUAGACGAAUAAUGGAGCAUAAAAUGCGGCGAAUGCGUAACGUGCGUGAGAAGUAUGUGGAAAAUGCAUCGGAACUGUUCUUUCUGCACACCGGCGGCAACAUGAUGGAGUAUUAUGCCUGGCGGAAGCGAUCUCCGACGCCGCAGUUAGUACACUUCCUGCGUCAGCAUCGACUCGACCCGGAUGACGAUGACGAGGAUCUGACUGCGCCACUGUCAUCGAUACCAGAAUUUUCGCAGCUAUCUGCUGUUACAACUACUGUCACCACUACUACGACCGUCACUAGCGCUAUUGUCACCGCUACCACCACUGUCACAACCGUCACGUCCGGCUCCACAGUGGUCCAGAUUCCGAAUCAAAGAGCGGAGGUUAAAAUCGCUGGGGCGGGCGUCACGCCAGUAGCGGUGUCCACCACCCUGCCUGCUGCGGCUCUAGCCCAACUCAGUCAAGGUGGAACGUCGGUGGUUACAGACUCGUCGAAACUGACGACCACGGCCGCGAGUUCGGUGGUAGAAAAAUCGUCGCCGUCUAUAAUCACUGUCGCCACCCCGAAAUCGUCUGUGACUACAGCUGCGCUCAAUAGUCCACAACCUAUCGUUAAGCUCGUUAAGUUGUCUACACCCACUACCAUAACUACUUCCUGUGAUAUCUCGAACAAUCAGGAGCAAAUUGUGGAAAAAGCUAAGCAGGAGGCGUAUGUAAUGCAAAGGAUUGCGGAACUGCAACGCGAGGGAUUAUGGUCGGAACGGCGAUUGCCCAAGGUGCAGGAACCGACUCGAACCAAAGCCCAUUGGGAUUACUUGCUAGAGGAAAUGGUCUGGUUGGCCGCUGACUUCGCUCAAGAACGUAAAUGGAAGAAGGCAGCAGCGAAGAAAUGCGCGAGGAUGGUGCAGAAGUACUUUCAGGAAAAGGCGAUUCAAGCACAGAAGGCUGAGAAAUUGCAAGAACUUCGGUUGAAGAAAAUUGCCAGCUUGGUCGCAAAGGAGAUUAAAACUUUCUGGGCAAAUGUUGAGAAAUUGGUGGAGUAUAAGCAGCAAACAAGACUUGAAGAAAAACGAAAGAAGGCAUUGGAUCAACAUCUAAACUUUAUUGUGGGUCAAACAGAGAAAUAUUCCACAUGGCUGACAGAAGGUCUGAACAAGACCGACGGUCCACAAAGUAUUCCAGCUUCCAUAAAUAGUUCACGUAUCUCUUCGCCAGUUCCAGUGGAAAAAUGUCAUUCCGAUGAGGAAUUCCAGCCAAAUCAGAGUUCAGACGAUGACGAAGAGACCAUAGCUAAAGCCGAAGAGGAAAUGAAAACGACCAAUCACAAAGAGGAAGUUGAAUUGUUAAAAAAAGAAUCGGAAAUACCUUUGGAAGAUCUUUUGAAGGACUUACCACCAGAUUAUUUGGAGCAUCGAAACAGAAGUCUAUCACCGAAUAACACAACGAAUGAAGAGGAGCAAAAUGAAAAUGAAGAAGCAAUUGACGCAGAUGCAGAUUUCGUCGCAGCGUCUGGUGAAUCCACGGAUGAAGAAGAUACGAUAAUGGAAGAGGAAAGGCUCGAGGGAGAAAUCGAUCAUAAGCGAGAACUCGAUGAACUUAAGGCUGAUAAUGAAAUGUCUAUCGACGAACUCGCGGCCAAAUAUGCUAAUAUGUCGGAUGUGUUGAUGAACGAGGAUGAUGAGGCUGAAGGUACGGAUAAAGAAAGUAGUGAACGGGGAGCACAGGAGAUCGAAGACCAAAUAAGUAGCAACGAAAGUGAAAGCGAAGAGAGUGAUCACGAUAGUGAUGAAGAUGAGUCUCGGACUCAGAGUGAUCCCGAGGCGGAUAUAGGACUUCAAUCGCUUCUCGAAGACCUCUCCGCGGAAAAACAAUCGGAGAAUAAAGUCACAGAAGAUGAUAAUUCGGACGCUCAUAAUGAAAUGGACAACGUUGCCGCGUUGGCCGAAAGCAUCCAGCCUAAGGGAAAUACGUUACUCACCACUAGUGUUGUCACUAAAAUACCUUUUCUUCUGAAACACUCUCUUCGCGAGUAUCAGCACAUAGGAUUGGAUUGGCUUGUCACGAUGUAUGAAAGAAAGCUAAACGGCAUUCUGGCUGAUGAAAUGGGUCUAGGUAAAACUAUACAAACUAUCGCGUUGUUGGCGCAUCUGGCCUGCGAGAAGGGAAACUGGGGGCCACAUCUUAUAAUUGUGCCGACUUCUGUGAUGCUCAAUUGGGAAAUGGAAUGUAAAAAAUGGUGUCCAGGAUUCAAAAUAUUGACAUAUUACGGCACACAGAAGGAAAGGAAACAAAAAAGAACAGGCUGGACAAAACCAAAUGCCUUCCAUAUAUGCAUUACGUCCUAUAAAUUAGUAAUACAAGAUCACCAAAGCUUUAGACGAAAAAAAUGGAAAUACCUUAUCUUGGAUGAGGCACAGAAUAUCAAGAAUUUCAAGUCGCAGAGGUGGCAGUUACUUUUAAACUUUCAGACACAACGGAGAUUACUUCUUACUGGCACACCCCUUCAAAACAAUUUAAUGGAACUAUGGUCGCUUAUGCACUUUCUUAUGCCUAAUGUUUUUCAGUCGCAUCGUGAAUUUAAAGAGUGGUUUAGCAAUCCUGUAACAGGCAUGAUCGAAGGAAACAGCGAAUAUAACGAGAACAUAAUCCGCCGUCUACAUAAGGUGUUGCGGCCUUUUCUUUUAAGACGAUUAAAAACUGAAGUGGAAAAGCAAUUGCCGAAGAAAUAUGAGCAUGUGGUCAUGUGCCGUUUGUCAAAGCGUCAGAGAUUUCUGUAUGAUGACUUCAUGUCGAGGGCCAAAACGAAGGAAACACUCGCCAGUGGGAAUCUGUUGAGUGUGAUUAAUGUAUUAAUGCAACUACGAAAGGUGUGUAAUCAUCCAAACCUGUUCGAGGUUCGACCGACCGUUUCGCCAUUUCAAAUGGAAGCGAUUGAGUUCGUAACCGCUUCGUUAGUCUGGAGUGUGCUUGAUUAUGAUCCCUUUAAGCACAUCGAAUUGUCUAGUUUGAACCUUUUGCUGUUGAACUUGGAGUUGAUGCUCAGUGCAUUUGUUGCACAUAGAGUAAAACGUCUGCGGACGCCUAGAAAGUUAAUAGAGGAGAUAAAUAGUCAACCGGAACCGCCGCCGAGAUGUCCAUCUGGCCGAAUCAAGAUCAACGUUAGAUUAUCGAAUCAAGCGAAGCCGCAGCAGCAACAGCAAACGCAGACUAGGCUAAAGAAUCUGGCUGGCGUAUUACCCACGCCAAGAGUGGGUACGUCCCCCUUGAUAAAGUCAUUAAAUACCAGCCACAGUGGUCCGGGACAAGGUGUUACAUUGAGAGUUGCUGGUGGUCAACAAUUGCAAGGUUAUUCUUUACAACUGGUGCCGCAUCAGGCUGGCGUGAAAGCUUUUCCUAUGGCAACGUUGGGGAACAAUCCACAAAGUACUAGCGUAACAACUACCACGACAGCCACAAACGCGCAAAGAAUUACGGUGGGAAACGCUAGCAUUAGAGAUGGCAUUCAACGACUGGCGACACAAACUGUCACGGUCAAACAAGGCGAUUCCGUCCAGAGAAUAGCGGUACCUAGUUUCGCGCAACUGGUUCAAACCUCUACCGGCAGACACUUUAUUCUGACGCCGAGUCAACAGAAUACUAACACAGUUUCGUUUCCAGUCAUGACAUCGAGCGGAUCGCGUUUUACGGUGCUGUCUAAGUCGAUAAUGGGUUUGGCCACAUCGGGUGCUACGACGGUGAACAAGGUUGUCAGCGGAGUAGUAACAACGCCAAGUGGUCGACCUAUCAUGAGGGUACCUCCUCUGAACGUAACAGCAUCGCAAUCGUCACCAAGCGGAAAUAACAGCCAACAGACAGCUAACCAGCAACAACCGCAAUCGAUACGUGGUAUUGUUACCAGACAAGCUCAGAAAGAGAUCGCGAAAGUGCAGAACAAAGAACAGCCUAAAUCCGAAUUUUAUUUGUCUCAAUUGGAGGAGGAAAGGAGACAGAGAAGACAAAACAAAUUGCAUCUCCUCGCAGACAUCAAUGAACGAAGAUGCGCGGCGUGUCCACUUUACGGUGAAGAUCUGUUUAUGGCUUUGAGAAUCGGCAAACCUGCGACAGCCUGUCGCUGGCAUGAUGGUUGGGUGCAUUGUUCAAAGACUCGAGAAAAGAUUCGUACUCGGAAAGAGUUCUUUUCACACACGGAAGCACUUGCAGAAGCUAUUAAAAGCACAGAGCAGAUUGUUGAAGAGCUCAAAGAGGUCUUUGAAAGAUAUGUAGUCUACGUACCGGCUGUACGCGCUCCAGUCCCUCGGUUCCAUGUGUCUCAUCCGCCGCCGCACAAGUUAUGGAAUGAGCGUCGUCUGUGGACUGAAUUACAGCAACAAAUGUCGCCGAAAUUAUCUCUCUUCCAUCCAAUUUCGUGCCACAUGCUCACACAGUUCCCCGAUCCCAGAUUGAUCCAGUAUGAUUGCGGCAAGCUGCAGUCGCUAGAUCGUCUGUUGAGAAAGCUGAAGUCGGAAAGUCAUCGAGUCCUCAUAUUCACGCAGAUGACCAGAAUGCUGGACGUAUUAGAAGCCUUUUUGAAUUUCCAUGGGCACAUAUAUCUGCGACUAGAUGGUACAACUAGAGUGGAUCAACGUCAGGUUUUGAUGGAAAGAUUCAACGGUGAUAAGCGAAUAUUUUGUUUUAUCCUGUCGACGAGAUCUGGUGGUGUCGGUGUGAAUUUGACGGGAGCGGACACAGUGAUAUUUUAUGAUAGUGAUUGGAAUCCUACAAUGGAUGCCCAGGCACAAGACAGAUGCCACAGAAUAGGACAAACGCGGGACGUACAUAUCUACAGAUUAGUCAGCGAGAAAACUGUUGAAGAAAACAUUUUGAAGAAGGCAAAUCAGAAAAGAUUGCUAGGAGAUCUCGCUAUUGAAGGCGGCAAUUUCACCACGGCAUACUUCAAAAGUUCUACUAUUCAAGACCUGUUUAACAUCGAUCAAACUGAGAACGAUGCGUCAGCACGAAUGGCUGAAGUGCUCGAGCAGAAUCGGGAUCGAGAGAAGGCCUACAGCAAGGACAUGACAGUAGGACCAUUUCAGAGUGGUUUUUCAGGACAGCAUACGGAGGAAAAGGCAGCGAUGGGUGCUCUUGAGAGCGCUCUCGCUGCUGCUGAAGAAGAUCUUGAUGUUCUGGCUGCAAAGACUGCGAAAGCAGAAGCUGUUGCCGAUCUUGCUGAAUUCGAUGAAAACAUUCCGCUGGAAGAAGCUGAUAAAGACGACACGCAAGUUAGCAAGGCAGAACAGGAAGUUCAGAAUCUGAUUGCUCAGCUGACUCCAAUUGAACGAUAUGCGAUGAAGUUCGUCGAGGAAUCCGAAGGUGCGUUUUCCGCGGCGCAACUGGCCGCAGCCGAACGGGAACUCGAGGAGCAGAAGAAGGAGUGGGAGUUGGACCGGUUGCGGGCAUUGCGCGAGGAGGAGGAACGGCGUAUGCGGCUUGCCGACGACGAUGAGAAGCCACUGACAUUUGGCCGUGAGGAUGCGCAGAAUCAGAUUUGGUUAUCGGAACACACGAUGGAGCAAAUGCCAAUGUGGUGUCCGCCAACACCUCCUACAACGGAUAAUGAUGUAUAUAUCGAUUAUUCUCUUGGAUUUUUGUAUGAAAAUAUCCCCAUGACAGAGGCUCAACUGCCGCCAAUUUACGUGAAGAAGGAUCGGAACAGAAGCAGAAUCGAUAUUGGUAUCACUGAUGAUGGUUGUCGACCGACGAAAAUGAUGCGCCAUAAGGAGGAGUCCGUAUUAGCUCCAAGGUCGCUCUUUGAUCGGCCGUCACCGGCAUUGAUGAAGAUGCGUCGCGACAUGAAGCUGUAUAAAUAUCGUGCGAUUGUACGUCCCCCUAUGCCGGUCUUGAAGACCUCGUCACACGUGACGAAAACUUCACCGGAACCGGAUCAAGCUAUGGACUGGCUAGUCUACGAGGAAUGGGGCUUGUUACAUUCCAUCCAAAACUAUCAGAACUUACCACUAAACACGAUGAUUCUCUCGCCCGGUCAUACGCCUAAUUGGGAUAUGGUUGCCGAUUCCAUCAACAAUGGCGCACGUUUAUACAGAUCACCCAAGCAUUGCAGAAACAGAUACGAAUCUGUGAUAAUACCCAGGGAGGAGGGUAAACUACUGUACGACACCGCGCCGAAGAAACAGAAAAAGCAGAAGACGAGUGUUUACAAAACGCUGCCAGUCUCUGAGCAACAAAGCAAGAGCAACAGAAUAAUGAGAACAUCGCAAUUACACAAUCAGGACAGAAAUGGCUCCUUUACGUCGACAGGCAAUCAGAGAUAUGAAAUCAUGAAGUCAGUUUCUAACAAGCGAACGCCUACCGUAAAACCAACAUCCAUCGUGAAUUCAAUGAUGAGGAAUAAUCCGAACGUCGAUGUCCUGGCUACCGACUACAAAAUACUGGUCGAUAAUCCAUCAACACCGAUUGACAUUGCUACGCGACGUGCUGAUAGGAUCAAACUAGAGAAGCUAAAUAAAGCAUCACAGGUUUUAACUCCGGAACAACAACAACAGGUAGCAGCACGACUCUUGCAACAUCAGCAGCAACAACAAGCCGCUCAACAGCAACAACAGUUGAAGCUACAACAGACUCAACAACAAGCUGGACAACAAGCAAUCGGAAAUUCUGUUGCAUCUCAAAUUCAUCAAUUGACACAAGCAACGGUACCUAGCACGAAGGUUGCGACUAACGUGAGUUUGAGCAAUGUAACAACUACAACGGCAAAAGCUCGACCGGGAGGAGGACAAAUGCAGGACGUGAGAACGACAUCGGCAAACGCGAAUAUCCAGCAGGCAGCUCAACGAACUGCGACGAGUUUAGUGUCUGCUGGUCAAACUUCUGCUGGUGCGGUAAGUGGUCAAAAGGGAGGCCUAGUAGGCGUCACGAUGGCCACAGCAGCAUCGGGAAAUAAGAUCCCAACGCCAGCACAAGUGCAGUACUACAGGCAGCAGCAGCAACAGCAGCAAGUAUUAUUGCGGCAGCAGCAACUUAAAGUAUUGCAGGCUCAAGCCGCUAGCGGUCAAAAAGUAUCUGUCGCGGUGUCGGCUACGGCGGCAGCAGCGGCAGCGGCACAACAACGAGCUACCUUAAUGAAGCAGGGCAUUGGUUCGGUCGGUACUGCGGGUGCCGCAACGCCGCAGACUGCUGUGGGCAAACCAACAAUGACUAGAACACUGUCCGAAACUGAAAUAGCUGCUGCGUUACUGAAGCGGCAGGCGUUACAGCAGCAAGCGAAGGCGGCUGCUGCCGCAGCGGCCGCGCAAGGACAGGUACCUACGCCAACGGGACUUACACCGGCACAGAUCUUCGCUCAGGCUGGUCUGCAAGUGCAACAAGCAGGGACUUCCGCGGGUGGUACUCCGGUAGCGACACUUGUGAAGACGACUAAUGUGCCGGGUGUCCGUACCGCGACUCCCCAACAAAUCCGACAGCUUGCAAUUCAUCCGCAGAUUAUUACGCAGAGAAAACUACCGGCACAGAAAGUCGCGCAGUUAGCUCAAGUCGCAAAUAAAGCUGGUGUGCAAACGCAACUGAUCGUUCAACCUACUAAAUCGCUACCUACAACCAUGACAGUACAGCAAAUUCAUCAAGUAAUGAAACAUGUGCAGCCCUCGACGAUGCAGCAAUUUAGUCACGUCUCCACGGGGCAAACGGUGUCUCAGGCUAGUCAAGUUGUAUUAGCUAAAUCACCGUUGCAGACUCGUGUAAUACCAGUUGCACCCGCAUCCCUGAAACAAACUAUUCAAGUGGUGACUGCCAGCAAUCCUCAGUUACGACAGUCCACGCCUAUCCAAGGAAAACCUGUUACUAGUGCGGUAAGACGAAGUCCUGGUCCAGGGACUAGCCCCAGUACAAGCACAAGCCCGGGUGCGGCAGUUUCCGGUUCCACAGUUGCUGCGGGUACCAGCCCUUCCGUAGGUGCUACUUCCGUGUCUGCCUCGAAUCUAACUUCUCCAUCUGUUCUUGGUCAAGUGAGAUUACAAACUUUAACACAGCAAGUACAACAGCAAACACAACAGCAACAACAAACUCAACAGGAUACUCAACCAAAAUAGCUUUGUUUUACGAUUGUAUGGCGAUCGUUGAAAUUGUAUUGGGAAAUUCAGAAACCAAAUUGGUUUCACAUGUUAAAAAGUAAAAAAAUUAUAGAUAUUACAAUAUA